AUUGCCUAUUACCUAUUUAUUCUGAAUGAAAACAAAAAUAAAAUCUAUUUUAUGUACAAUGUAAUAACGCCAUCUAGUUAAAUUUGCUUAGACUUGAAGUUGAAGUUAACUAUUGAUUAUGAUGAAUUACGAAAUUUGUUUAUAUAUGAGUGGAAGAAUAAAAAUGAAAAUAUAAAGUAAUACAGAGACAAAAUGCCUUCAAAUGCUGAAAGUGGUCUCCAACCAAAUGAGGAUAGACCUCAUACAUUGUUUGUUGCACCAAUAGAUAAUUCAUCUUGGCCUGCAGGACCUCAUAAUAUUUCUUAUACUAUUCCUUCAGAAACAUGGUGGCCGUUUUGUGACUAUUGGAAAGAUCCGCAGCAUAUUCUUUAUCAGUUGGCCAAUUUUUGUUUCGUCCUUGCAUAUUCUUCUACAUGCUCGAAAAAAGGGGUUUUAUUUAUGCAUUGCUGGCUAAUAGUUGGUUUGAUGCUUUUCUCGGCUUGGGCAUGGAACGUCAUCUGCGCUCCUGAUGUAUUCACCUGGAAUUUUGCUUUUAUGGUUAUGAAUAUGGCGCAAGUGUUUCAUAUAGUUUAUCAGCUUAGACCAGUAAAAUUCGAUCCAGAAUUAGAAGAAGCUUAUCACACAUUAAUUGAACCAUUCAAGAUAGGGAGAUUGCAAUUCAAGAAGAUGGUUAGCGCAGAUUUUGCACAAAUUAUGUCUUUACAUGCAGGCGAAGCGUAUGCUGUACAGAAUUUAACGAGGUGUGAUAGGUUGGGAUUAUUGUUAUCAGGCAAGGUGAAUGUUCUUUCCGAUAAUCAAUUCCUGCAUCCAAUUCUUCCAUGCGAGUUUCUAGAUUCACCUGAAUUCGAAUCUAGUAGAAAUACAGUGGAUGACAAAUUUAAGGUAUCAAUAGUUGCAGCCAGCACUUGUAGAUACUUAUUUUGGCAAAGAAGCUCUUUGGAGUACCUUUUUGUGAAAGAUACGUACAUAGCAACAGUUCUUACAACUCUAAUUGCUCGAGAUAUUGCAACCAAAUUAUAUGCCAUGAAUAAUAAGAUUGUCACAGCGAAAGGAUCUCAUCUAGAUAUUAGACUACCUAGUAUAACUUCAUCAUUGACGUCAGGAGGAGAAUAUAAAUCGCCAAUCCGAUCAAAAAAAGCAAACGGAGGUGUUGGUCUUGGUUCGGAACUUUUUUAUACCGAAAUUCCUAAACAUAAAUAUCGUGAGAACAAUGCGUUACAAAACUGCUGUGAAAUGGAGCCUUUGACAGAAUGUCCUUCUGCAGACGAUUUGACAUCCAAUGAUGUCGAGAGUUGGCUGGAAACAAGUUCAAAGUACCAUAGCUGUGAAAUAGUCGAUAUGGAUUGAGAAAAGUUAAAUUUAAAUAUUUCUGAAUGUUAAAAUUAUUUUUUAUUGAAGCAAAGUUUAAAUUCUUUGUUAUAUUCCAAUUUUAAUGAUUAAAAUAUAUUAUAACAUGUUAUUUGUAAUUUGUAAACACUUCAACUAACAAAAAUUAAUGUAAGAG